CCAAAAUGCCUUACGAGGGCAGGAAGUCGAGUAAUUUUUACUCCCCGACCAACUACCUGAGUCCGCUCGAACGAAAGCGCCUGCGAGCCAUCGAGAACGAACCGAAAGCGACGGAAGUUACUGUCGAUCGCGCUUCCAACAAGCGCUCCACGAAGAAGACCACUCCAAAACGUCGCGACAGUGCCGGUAAAAAAACACAGCCGCCCAGCAAGCGAAAGCGGAGUGUUUCGGAUUCCACGAGGACUGCCGCGGCGAAGCCAACCACGCGACAACGACCCGCCUUGACCCGCAAGGCUUCUUCGGCGGCUUCCGAGAAGAAAACGGUGGUUAUACCGCUGUCUGAGAGUAAGCGGACUGUCCCGGUGCCGGCGGCUUCUUCGGAGAGUUCCGAGCCGCCCGCGAAGAAAGUCCGCAAGUUUUUCUCCUCCGGACUGCGCGCGCCGGUGAACGCAGCCGUGAGCAGUUCGAUGGCGGUCGCCACGGCCGUCUCGUGGAACAAAAAGUUUACGCUGAAGUUUGAGCCGACCGUCGCACCGCUGAAGAAACCGCCGACCUCCGGUUCGCUCAAGCCUGCUAAGAAGAAAUUGCUGAUGACUGUGCCGUUCAGACCACCCAAAUCAACAGCAGUAACGGACGCGUCCGUGAAGAGCGUCGACGUCCUUUUGCCUGAGUCGGAGUUAGUUGAAACACCCGGUAAACAUACAACAUACCGUGGUGGGUCACAGAAACAUGUAAACGAAGUAGCAAAUAAAACAGCAAGAAAAGAACUAGCCGUGACAGUGCCUUUCAGACGACCGCAGACGACCAUUGCCACCACUGCGAGGGCUGACCUUACUGUGCAACAAGUACCACGCAAAAUACCCGAGGAAACGAGGGGCGUAAAUGUGGAGAUGCGUGAGAAAAAACAUGCUGAAAGGACAAGUGUACCUCACAAGCCGCUAGAAGAAGCAAGAGCCAAAAGCAGGACAAAGAUGCGAGACGCAGAACAGGCCAAAACUACAACUGAAAGUAGAGAUGCGCGUACAAGCACCCUUGGAGCAAAGGUGGACAUCUUGGAAGAGAUGGGGCACGAGUCUUCUGGUGUGUGUGAGCCGUGCGGCAGAGUUAAUGACGACGACGCUGAGAUUCAUGAGGAUCACUAUUCCGUAAACAAAGGUGGCGUCCCAUCUUUCGCAACUGAGCAUGAACGUUCUGUUGCAUGCCUAGAGACUGAAGCAGAGCAAAGCAAUGCUGCUGUCGCUACCCCGAUUCUAAGCAGUAGCACACGCAGUUUCAUGCUCCUAGACCGACACGGCAGUGCAAACUGUUCCCUUCCCCUGCGAAGAUUGCGAACAGAUGCACAGGAUACUGCAGCUGGCAGGAAUUUCGGAGAGCGUUCCUUGCCCCUGAAAGCAUUAUGCCCAAAUACACUGGACAGUGCAAAAGGCAAAGAGUUGUCCAAAAGGGCAAGUACACCGCCGCCUCCAGAAAAAUCUGGCUGCUCGAACAGAGAGCCUCUCUAUCCAGUCUUCUCGACACCAACCUCAAACCGCAAGAAAAUCGCUGCGCGGCCACAAAUACCCACCUCACCAAUCGAGAUGCCAAGAAAACGGUUCAUGCUGAGAUCGUCGGAUCCGGCGCAGCUCAUAAUCGACGCCGGACAAAAGAAGUUUGGGCACACUACGUGUGGCACGUGUGGUAUGGUGUACACGAUCGGAGACGUCGAAGACGAGAAGCUGCAUGCCCAGCACCACCGGUCCUACCUGUCCAUUAUGAAGUUCCCUGGCUGGAAGAACCAGCGCGAGGUUGGCAUCUACCCAGACGGCAAAGUCAUCAUGGUGUCGCCAAAUGACCCCAAGUGCAUGCUCAACAAGAUGAACGAGAUACAGCGGGUGGUGGACAGGGAGCUGGGCAUACUGGUAGACAGGACAGCUCCUCCCCGUGCUCCUCAGAUGUACUUUGUCUUUGUGUCGUACACGAAGAACGUGCUCGGGUUCCUCUCAGCGCAGGAGAUCAAGCAGGGCUAUAGGGUGAUCCCCAAUGAUGACGGCAACAUGGGCAACUCUAUCUACGCCGAGACCGAGCCAGUGCCCGCCGUUUGCGGAGUCAGCCGGAUAUGGACAGCGCCAUUCUACAGGCGGAAGAAGGUGGCAUCGAGGUUGCUAGACCGACUUCGGAUGAACUUCUCCUUUGGCUGCCCGCUUGACUCUCGCAAGAUCGCCUUCUCCGAUCCCACGCUCAUGGGCCGCGAGCUGGCCGCUGCGUACACGCGGAACGACAGAUUCCUUGUGUUUGGCCCCUGACGUUCAUCUCUCUGCCUCCCAACUCUCAAAGUUCAAAUUUUCUAUGUCAUUCACAAAGUUCUUGAACCACAGCGCCUCAAAGAAACCAAAUUUUUAUCUUACCAUGAAGCCAUCCAACCACAAAGUUGUUACCCCAAAUAAUUCUGUGGUUUAAAAGUGUUGCUUGCAAGUUCUUUGUGGCAACUCUCUCACGCGAGAUGGGAAUAUUGUCAGCAGUUCGAGUUACUCAUAGCACGGCAGAAAACUUUAGUCUCCUCGUGGCUUGCACGCUUUGUCAACAAUGGUGAUGAUUGACAUGGCGCUGUGAAGCAUGUUAUAGCUAUCAAUUUGUCUAGUCACUUGUUAAGGCGUCCGAUAACACCAUCACCUUAACAUCCACUAUGAUGGAGCCAACGAGUUGACAGAAAACAGCAAAACCGGUCACACACCAGCCCACCCACCAAUUUACAUUAUACAGCACCUAGUUCGCAUCUCGGUGUCAAAGAACACUAUCGUAUUGACACUCGUCAUGGAGUUGACAGGUAGUGUGAAAAUUUGUCACAUGCCAGACAUACUCACCUAUGCACAUUGUCCCCCAUUGUUUGCAUUUCAGUGUCAAAUAACACCAUCACAUUGACAAUGCUGUGACGAGAGUUAAUGAGUAGGCAUACAAAAUGUCCUGCAGGUCCCAAGCGGGACAGGUCUCCCAACGUGCAUUGCACCUGUGCGCAGGAUGCUGUUUAAUUUUUGUUGUAGCCAGCUCAUUGUGCUUAAGACAUUGCAUCUAACCGCAAACAAUGCUUUAGUUCAUACAGUGCACCAGAGAUGUUUAGCAUAUGCUGUCACCGUGCAAAGUUGAUGUUGACUUACUAACAGAAGCACUUAACAAUUUCGAGGGCGACUUGUUUAUGGUUUCUAGUUCUACAGCAGCGUGACAGGGUUGACAAGUAGUCACAAAAAUGUGUCACAAUUCACACACUACUGUACAAUGUGGUGUGCUGUUAACGAGAACACUUGUACAUUAUUAAAUGUGAGAUGAAAAGAGCAUUGUUCUUGUAGAAAGGGAAAAAACACAUUACAUUUAUGCGCAGGGCACUCUUACACAGUCUUUUUGUCAUAUCUUUGCGACAGUAAGUGAUCGAUUGCUAACGACUCCUUCAUUUUUAACAGGAGACCACGCUGUACAUGGUAUCAUUGGACAAAGUGUACCUCGCACUGCAAAGUUAUGUUGUUGUUAUUAUUGCCUUUGCCAGUUAGGUAUCCACAAACGUAGCCUUUCCACUGCAAGUGGUAUUUGUAAGGAUCACAGCGGAUGAUCCUGAGAAAUUGUUUUGUUGCUAAGACAUUGACACUCUCUAUAUUUUUGUACAGCAAUGGCUUUGCGUUUUUCUCUUUGUGUACUGACUGACUGCAGAAGCCGGCGGAAUAAUUUCUGCUUUGUGCUCUGAACAAAUAAAAAUAUUGUAUUUCUAAAGCACUU